CCUUGCACAUCUCACACCCCACCAUCUCACCAACGAUAAUGCGACUCCCAUCAUGCCUCGCCGUCUGCCUUGGAAGACCAGUACAGAUUCAAAGACCGACAGAGACCAGCCCAUAAAGUCACCGAGCCCAGACCUUCCAGCGUCCAAGUCCCCCAGCGUACCCUCAGCGCCAACCUCGGUAUCACGCACACCGUUCAAGACAGCGCCAUCGCGUCGCGCUGUUGAUCCCGAAGAUGGUGUUCGUAGUCCCUCCACGUCACCGCCCCCGGAGGUUCCGGUUGAGAGGUUCAUGAUCCCAGGUGCCCUUCACGAUGACCGUUAUCGGAUGGUGGAAGACGAGCUUGUCAACGUCGCCCAUCAAUUCACGAAACAUCUCCACCGUGCAGAGUAUAACCGGCUUAAGAAUCUGGCAAAGUCUCAAAAUGCCGCCACCAUCCAAGAGAUCGAGCGUCCCGUCGUCGGCACGCCAACUCUUCUCACGCGACAGCGACAUGAGAGCGCGCGUCAGAUUGCGAAGCAGCAAAAGGUGCUACAGAAAGGCAGCCAUAGCAGGGAUAUGCCGCGGGUACCCACGGGUUUGCAGGGCUUGAUGGAAAGUCCCAGGAAAGAGGCGAAAUGGAUUUCGACCAGCGCCGCUGGGACAGCCACGACAAGGGCGGCGGCUGGCUUCCAAUCAAACCUAUCCAGCCCGCCCAAGCAACGAGAAUCACAACAACGGUUUUCAUCAGUGAAGAAGCGCCGACUCCCGAGGAUGGAUGAUGAUACCACGGACGAAAGUGACGCGGAGCCAUCGACGCCCUCACGAAGCUUGAUAUCCAAGCCCGCGCGCCUCACUGAACUCUCCUCGGCUACAUCCCGCUCAACUACAUGGCCACUGGGCACACCCAGAGCGGCAGUUGCGGCUUCAAGUUCGAGGGAUAGCCCUAGGCCUACCCCCAGCACACAUCGGCCUCGUGUCACGCCGGUCAAGACUGGGCCAUCUCGAGAGAGCAACGAUGAAAAUGAUGAUGACGAUGAUGACCCAUUUGGAAUUACCAAGCGGAGAAUACGGCGACAGCAGUCAAAGGACCAGUUUCGCAAGCCGGAACAUAAGUACACUCUAAAGCCCAAGAAGUCGUCGCCUGACAAUAUACCAUCCUUCAUGUGAAGGGCUCACGGAUUCGCAAUCACGGCUCGAACAAGAAAGCACAUAAUGCCUAUUUGAAACCUCAUCCCAGGAUCUUGGCUUGGUCCAAGGUUUUGACCUAUGAGUGAACAGAGUAAAUCAUUUCUUUUCAUUGCAGUCUCAUGCAUGUCAUCUAGGAAUCCGCCAUUGUAAGCUCAUCAAAGUCGUCCAGCAACUCGUCCAUAUCAACCCUCGGGGCCUCAUCAUCCUCCUCCGUCU